UUAAUUACUGAACCGAACCCAACACCUACAACUGUACAAAACGAACUUAACACUUUUACACACUUCCGCUUUCACUCGAAAAAAAAAUCUUCUCUCUGCUUACAACUCCUGAUAAUUAUCUUCAAACUUUGGAAUAUAGAAAUGGAAGGAGUGGGCUCCACCAGGCUGGGCCGAGCUUCCGCUAGGUACGGUGGUUCAACGGCGGUGUUCAAUGGACCGGUGAGGAAGUGGAAGAAGAAGUGGGUUCACGUGUCGCCUUCAUCCAACGCUAAACUCUCUCAGUCCAACGGGAACGGUUCCGCCGCCUCCAGCAUCCUUCUUUGUAGGUGGACCCCACUCUCCUUUGCUGAUUCCGGGUCCUCCGCCGUCGAUGGCGAGGACGAGGAGCAACCCCCAAAACGCAAGUACCGCUAUACCCCUGUUGCUGUGUUAGAGGAAGAGCGUAGAAGGGCAGCUGCUGCGAAACAGGUUGAAAAUGAAGCUAAGACAGAUGAGAAUAAGACCAAGCGAUCCCCAGAUUGGCUGUCUUCCAAGACUGAUAACGAGCUGAACAUGAAUAACAUUUUGAAGAAAGAAACUCAGGAUUCAAGCAUGGGUAAUUUGGACUUGGGUUUGUGUCUGAAAGGCCAUGACGGCAGCCACAAUUCUGUUGGCGAGAAGGUGGAUCAGGUGAAGCCAGCAAGCUUGACAGGAUUUUGGGCAAUCGGUUGACUUGUAAUUAGUUCAAGGGAUAGGGUUCAUGUGCUGAAAAGAAUCCGUAUAUUUGGUCACUCCAUAUAGUAGUAGUAGGUACAUACAUAUGCUUGAUCGUAUAAUCAGUGUGUGGUGUAUAUUCAAGCCUUAGCAGUCGUUUGCAACUUAUCAGACCUUGUCAUUGUAGCUAUUAUACAUAGAAUAGAACCCCUAGAUUUGAUAUAUAUAUCUCCUGUCAUCAUGUGGAUUAUGCUCUAAGGCAGAAGUAUUACAUAAAAGCUUAGCCUAUUGUGACA